CAUUGGCCUGGCCGUUCAGCGUUGCACACCGACAGGGCUGUUCUUUUCGCGUUGGACCGAGCUAUCCAGCUGUCGUCUUUUCCAUUGUUUAUCUCAAAUCGUAACUUGUUAAUUCCCAAAAUGGUUGCUUCUCAACGAAUGAAGGUGGCUAAUGAAAAGGCUAGCAAGUACGUCACAAUGAGAGGAAACGUCCCCAAAUCAAGCAAAUCCAAUGAAGAUUCUUCUCCUGUCGGUCCCUGGCUUUUGGGUCUGUUUGUCUUUGUCGUCUGUGGAUCAGCUGUUUUCCAGAUCAUUCAAAGCAUCCGUAUGGCAUAGGAAGAAACUGAGCCCAAGACUGCACAAAAGAAAUCUGGGGUGAGAAAAAAAAACAAGAACUGAUCCAAACAAAAAAAAAAAAUGAAAUUUCUGUGUGUAAAUGAACAUUAUAAAUUUUUCAUUCCACACUUGUUGAAAACAUUUUCCUCAUAUUGCAACAACAGCUGAGGAAUGGAUGAGAAUUGCAAAAUAUAUUUUAUGGACAGACA